CGGGAAAUAGAAAUAUACACAAAUCAUGGCCGCGACAGCUACACAGAAUGCAAUCACAUUGAAAGGAUCGACAGAAAUAGUUUCCGAGUUCUUUUCAUUUGGAAUCAACAGUAUUCUGUAUCAAAGAGGAAUAUAUCCACCUGAGACAUUUACCCGAGUACAAAAGUAUGGACUCACUCUCCUUGUCACUACAGAUGAUGCACUGAAAAAUUAUCUGAAUGAAGUAAUUUCACAAGUAAAAGAAUGGCUACAGCAGAUGACAGUGAAGAAGUUAGUUGUUGUUAUCAAAGACAUAGACACAAAAGAAGUAUUUGAAAGAUGGCAGUUUGAUGUAGAAUGUGAUAAAUCCGUUCUUAGUGAUGGAAAACCAAGAGAGAAAUCUGAGAAAGAGAUUAAUAAAGAAAUUUGUUCAGUUUUACGGCAGAUAACGGCCUCUGUAACAUUCCUACCUCUUUUAGAAAGUGCUUGUGCUUUUGACCUUCUAGUCUAUACAGAUAAAGAUUUAGAGGUACCAGACUCGUGGGGUGAAGAUGGCCCACAAUUCAUUGCAAAUUCAGAGGAAGUAAGACUGAGAUCAUUUACAACUUUACUUCAUAAAGUCGAUGCCAUGGUAGCCUACAAAAAGACAGAUUGACAAACCUAGGAUUUAUAAAUGAGAAAAUAAUUCAAGGAGAUUGCAUACCAGGGCAUAUAUACCUAAACUGUGGACAAAGGAAAGAAAAAAAGCUUUGUUUGUGGUACUGAAGAAGAGAAAAGAUUUUUGUUUGGUUUGAAGAAGUGAAUUUGAAUGUUUUGAGACUUUUUUGACAGCAUAAUUAUGCAACUUUCAGUUUAUUUUUUUCUGUAUUAUGAAUGCUUAUUGCUAGCUUUUAUUUGUGCAAGUAUUUCUCUCAAACAGUAUUUUUUGGGGUUUUAUAACUUUCUGUAAUAUUAUAUGCAGUUAAGUUGAGAAGAUGAAUGUUUUUCAUA